CAAAAUAUUAUGUCGGUGUCGUAUUUUGCAUCCGACUAUUAAUAACUUCAAAUUUUUUCUGUGUGAUGACUCGAGUCGUUAGUUCUAUCAAACUUAUGCUAAAUUUAUGAUUUUUUAAAUGUAAAAUUAACUACAAUUUUCCCUGAAUUGUAAUUUUUUUCGAAUUUCUAAAUUUGGAAGCGUAAGACUACGAGUAUGCCUGUAAAAAGAGUUUGCUGUGGAGCAUCAACACGUCUAGUUACUUUGGUUGUACUCUGUCUUAUGAUGAUUGAAACUGUAUCACAUCUUUUUCUUUUCAACUUUCAAGAAGCUGAAUCUUCUGUUAAGGAGUGCUUGUACCUGGUCGAUAAAUGCCUUGCAAUUGUUAGGUGCAUCAUUUACUUGGCGUCGUUCAUUUCCAUCAUUAUCAAAAACCCUUCUGUUAAAUUAUUGAUGUUUGCUUCACUUGCACUUUCAUUUUUGGAUUCGUUGUUGUGUGCUGUGUACCUUUAUUUUGUGACUUCACACAGAAGCUUCAUACAUUUCGUUUACAUGUUUCCGUUGCUAGUUUUAAAAAUAUACGCGAUAUUGGUAUUCUACAACUAUAUAGUGGAACUGAAGCCAAGACCGAUUCCGGUUAUAGUAGUUCAGCCAGAUGCUCCUCCUCAAGAACCCUCUGAACUUUGUUCGUCUGCACCUUCUACUCACCGUAUGACGAUGGUUCGAAAUCCUGAAUAUUACGACUUGCCCGUUCCUUAUUCUGCUCAAGUCCCUCCACAUUGUGUUCAGGCACCCAUGUUUUCUAGUCAGACGAUUCAAUAUCCUGCUCAAACUUCGCCUCUUAUGCCUCGACCUUAACGUGCGAAUUAGGUAUACCUACCGUUUAAAUCGGUUUGAAAUGCAGGUAAAUGGUAUCAGCAUCCUGUAGUUGGAUUCAGUGAUAUAUUUUCAUUUUUAUUUGUUGGCGUCAACUCAAGGAUAUGUAACCAAUUUUAUUUUUAUAAAUUAUCCUUUUUUUGAUACCUAUAUUAAUGUUUUACUUUUAUUUUUUUAUGUUUGUUCAACGUUGAAUUUUUUUAUUGUUUCGAAAUAUGAUGUUUUUGUUUUUUAUUGAUAUCUUAUAGGUACUGCAAAGAAAAUUUGAACAGCUAUGUCUUGGAAACUAAUAAUUUUAAAUUUUGAACUUUAUUUUUCAAGAAUUGAUGUUUAAAAAAAAUAUGUACAUUAAAAUUAAAC